UGCCUGCCACUGGGUUUCUGCACACCCUCACAGCAGUCAUUACUCCAACACGCCAUCACCUCCACGCCAGUAAACAUAUGGAGUGCUACUGCUUCCUCUUGCUCUGGAUCUGCAGCCAACAUUUAGGGUUCCAUGACUGCUUCAAUAUUGACGCCAAAAAGCCCAGAAUCAUCAAAGGUCCAAAGCAAACUCAAUUUGGAUACACUAUUCAGCAACAUGUUGCUGCAGGAGGAGAAAAAUGGUUAUUAGUGGGUGCGCCGUAUGAAAUGACUGGGUCUUACCAAACAGGGGAUGUAUAUAAAUGCGCGCUGAACAAGAGAACCAAUGGCAACAGCUGCUCAAAACUCAAUUUAGGAAAGAUAUCUCUGACCAACGUAUCAGAACGAAAGGACAAGAUGAGGCUGGGAAUGACGCUCGUGUCUAACCCUAAAGACAGCAGCUUUGUGGCUUGCGGGCCGUUAUGGUCGUAUGAGUGUGGCAGCUCCUACUACAGCACUGGACUAUGCUCCAAAGUUAAUGCAAGCUUCAAGUUUUCCAGGACGAUUAUCCCUGCCUUUCAGAGGUGUGAAACCUUUAUGGACAUAGUGAUUGUUCUUGAUGGCUCCAACUCCAUCUAUCCCUGGUAUGAAGUGCAGGAUUUCCUCAUUAACAUUCUCCAGAAGUUCCACGUUGGACCAGGUCAAAUACAGGUUGGAGUUGUCCAGUAUGGUGAGAAGGUGGUUCAUGAGUUUAAACUCAGUGACUACAAAUCAGUGGAGGAGGUGGUAAAAAGGGCACGCAGCAUCGAUCAGCGCGGCGGAGAGGAGACCAACACAGCUCUUGGCAUCAGCACAGCGCGCUCACAAGCCUUCAAGCAAGGAGGUCGACGUGGCGCAAAGAAGGUAAUGAUUGUUAUCACUGACGGAGAGUCACACGACAGCCCAGAUCUCCAGCAAGCCAUCGAAGACAGCGAGAAGGAUGGCAUCACCCGCUAUGCCAUUGCUGUACUUGGCUACUACAACCGCAGAGGAAUAAAUCCAGAGACCUUCCUUAAUGAAAUCAAGUACAUCGCCAGCGACCCCGAUGACAAGCACUUCUUUAAUGUGACAGACGAGUCAGCUCUGAAAGAUAUUGUUGAUGCGCUUGGGGAGCGGAUCUUCAGCCUUGAAGGAACCAGUAAGAAUGGGACGGCGUUUGGCCUCCAGAUGUCUCAGGCAGGUUUUUCUGCACACAACGUGGAGGAUGGGAUUUUGGUGGGUGCAGUUGGAGCUUACGACUGGAACGGAGCGGUGCUGAAGGAAACACGACAGGGGAAGGUGAUCCCUCCAAAGUCAUCCUACACGCAGGAGUUUCCUGAAGAGCUCAAAAACCAUGGUGCAUAUUUAGGGUAUACCGUAACAUCUGUGGUGUCAUCCAGAAAUGGCCGUCUGCUCGUGGCAGGAGCUCCGCGAUUUAACCACACGGGCAAAGUCAUUAUCUUCACUCUGAAGAACACGGGGAACCUCACCAUCCUGCACUCACUCAAAGGCCACCAGAUUGGCUCCUACUACGGCAGUGAGAUUGCGCCCGUGGACAUUGAUGGAGAUGGCAUAACCGACAACCUGUUGGUGGCAGCCCCGAUGUUCUUCAGUGCAGGCAUGGAAAAAGGGAAGGUCUACAUCUACAGAGUCACCGAGAUGAACCGUUUCAUCCCAGAAGGAGCGUUGGAGAUCCACAACGGUGGCCAGAACGCUCGCUUUGGCUCAUCUCUCGCUCCUGUCCCUGAUCUCAAUGGUGACGGCUUCAACGACUUGGUGGUGGGAGCUCCGCUGGAAGACGACCACAAAGGCGCCAUUUACGUUUUCUUUAGCCAGCACAACAGAAUACUACGAAAAUAUAAACAGAGAAUAGCAGCGGUAGAUUUGGCUCCGGGCCUGCAGUACUUUGGCCGCAGUAUCCAUGGCACCAUGGACAUGAAUGACGAUGGUUUAGUGGACCUGGCAGUGGGUUCCCUCGGUGCUGCCGUUCUCCUCUGGUCAAGGAGCGUUGUGCGGAUAUACGCCAAUGUCAGGUUUGAGCCCAGCAAGGUGAAUAUCUUUGUGAAAGACUGUCAGCGAGGUGGCAAAGACGUGACCUGCAUGUCAGCGAUUGUGUGCUUCAACAUCACUGCCAGGACGGCCAUUCCUCCCACACAGGAAAUAGGGAUCAGGUAUAAUGUCUCCAUUUUGGAGAGACGUUUCAACCCUCGGGCCGUGUUGGAUCACCCGAGCAAGAUGCAGCCUCAAAACCUGACUCUGCUUCCUGGAAGUGAAGCCUGCGAACACAUCUACUUCCAUGUCAUGGAGACCACAGAUUAUGCAAGACCCAUAAUGUUUGCUGUGCAAGUAGGACUGGAAGAUCCAGACCAGGGACCAAUUCUAGAUGACAGCUGGCCUGCUCUUGUAAAGACUGAGCUGCCCUUCUGGAAUGGCUGUGAUGAGGAUGACCGCUGCAUGCCGGACCUGUCCCUGCAUAGCGCAAACGACCUGAUGACUCGAAAACAGUUCUGUGCUCGUCCUGUGCAGUCUCGUGGCGUUUUCUGCCGCCAUCAGGGCGGAGCAGGGUCAGAAGGGUCGCUGCGGGUCAUUGAGGGAAACAAGAGAAGGAUGGUGGUGGACGUCAAACUGGAGAACAGAGGAGAGAACGCCUACAACGCCCUGGUUAAUAUCACAUACACGCCCAAUCUGCGCUUCUCAAGCCUCAUAGUGAAGGACACCUCAGAAAUCAAAAUCGACUGCAACACAGAGGAGAAGAAGAGAAAUGAGAAGAUCUGCAAUGUCAGUGCACCAUUCAUGCGAGCCAAAUCUCAGGUGUUGUUUCGCCUGGAGUUUGAGUUCAGUCGUGCCGUCUUCCUGGACCACCUCAGAGUUCUCCUGGAGGCCAGCAGCGAUGGCGAAGAAGUCAACAGGGCUGAUAAUGUUAAUGAUAUUUAUUACUCACUGAAUUAUGAGGGAGACCUUCUCUUUACCAGGGACUCAAACCCGACACGCUACGAGAUCAAACCCGAGCUCUCGCUGGAGGAGCCUGGAGUUAUCGGCCCUCCUUUUAACUUCACAUUCCAGAUUCAGAACCUUGGGUAUUUCCCGGUUAGAGAUCUACAGCUAAACAUCGAGAUACCAGAAAUGACACAGAAUGGGAACCAGCUCCUGCAGAUAUUUGACUUCUACAUCGACGAGAGAGACGGCACACGCUGCUUACCGCCUCAGCACAUCGCGCUGAGCAGAGCUUCUCCGGAGGAUCUGUCCCGCUUCUCCCGCUUGAACCAGUCCAACACACUCACCGUGCCAAUCCAGUGCACGGUCAACGUAGCCUCCCACAGAGACAUCGGAGUUCGAAUCACAGGAGCGCUGAGGAUAGACACGUUACACGCACUGAAGUUUAAAGUCCUGGAACUGAUAACGAGUGCCUCAGUGGAGCUCCCCUCUGCCAGCCCCAUGUUCCUACAUGAAGAAAAGCCUGUCAGACAUAUAAUCCUGGAGAUCAGGAAGGAGGGAGAUUACAGAAUCCCUACCUGGAUUAUUGUUGGCAGCACACUGGGGGGGCUCUUAUUGUUAGCUCUUCUCAGCCUGGCUCUGUGGAAGCACGAAGUCGUAACCUUGUUUCUUCGUAUGACCGAUCGUCCGUGCAGCUUGGCUUCUUCCGGAGACAGAAACGGAAAGACAAGGAGGAGCAGGAGGCCAACGGCAAAGUAGCCGAGGAGCGGUAACGCAGGCUGAGUGAGUCCUGCAGACACCUUUCCCACAGGGGACGAGACACUCAGGGACCACCUCAACGCCCCCCUCCGGCCCCGCCGCUGCCCAGCCCCGCAGUGGCUGGGCCGCAUGUCCGCUGAUGCAAGGCUUUAUUCAGUGCACUGGACCUGUCCCGCGUCACCAGCCUCUGACCCUCGAGUCAGCACUGUCGCACUCACUCAGCAUUCUUGCACUGGUACAAAAUCGGUCCCACUUUUUUUUUUCUCCGUACUCCCGCUGCCUGUGGUGCCGUCCCGCCACAGAUCUUAGAGCUGUGGUGGUAUUUUUCUUCCUGGCUUCAUGUAAAAAAAAAAAAUAAUAAUUUAAAAAAAAAUGUAAAAAAAAAUAAUAAUAAUUUUAAAAAAGCGAAUGGAACUGUUUCUAUUAAUUUGGUUCAACGUUUUUAUGGCUACUUCCUGUUUGUGCAUAUUUAUUUAACAUUAAUUAAUAAGAAAAAAAAGUUUGUACCUAAUAAAACACCUCAUGGGUGACUCUCCACCCAACCGAUGAUGCCGCUGUCAAGGCAUUACAUAGUAAUAAUCCUCAUUGUGUUUAGUUGUCAGAAUCUAUGAAAGAAGAAAAUGAUGUUUAGCUUUCAGACUCUUUUCUUUACUUAUAGAAAAGGACGCACCUGAAUCCUGCAUCCUCAAACACAAGAUGCUCUUUAAAUAAUUUCGAUGCACUUUUUUUUGACAUUGUACAAAAUGAACUUGAAGUUGUAAAUAACCAAGUGCCUUUUUAAAUUCAAUUUCAGUAUUAAAUUUUUUAUAAUAUUUCCACAUUAUAUAUAGCAUUCCUUUUUUUAAGUUAAGCAAAAAAUAAAAAUAAAAAAAGCAGCAUUGUGCUACAGAAUGAUCACAGUAUGAGACGGUUUCAUGCCUUUUAUUGUGCACUGCAUCAGAGCAAAAGGUGUGCAUGAAAUACUAACUUAUAAGCAGAUAUUACAAAUGGGAAUAUAGAAGACACAUAUGGAUCCAUGUGUUUUGUUGACAUGAUGUGGAAAGCUGUAAUAUGGUCAAACAUUAAUCAUGGUUGACCUUUACUUUUGUCUUUAUUGGUUGUCUAAUGAGUUUCGGCUGCAAAUGGACUGGAAAUGUUCCUCUCACAUCAUUUCUGUUAUUAAAACUUGUACCUGUUGCUGUACAAUUUGAAAGAAAAGCAAAGAAUAAAUUGCUGUGGAAAUGGA